AUGCCAGAGCCCAAGCCGACAAGCAGCGAGGGGUGGUCGGUGGGGGUGGGGUGGGAGGUUGGGGGGCCGCGGUUGGACCAGCACGAUACUUCAUCUCGCACCGUUGGGCAGCUGACUUCACACCGUCUCCAAGUGCCAUACAAGCUGGCUUCCUGGAAGGCGAGACUCCUGUGGGGCCCACAGGAGGUGAUGACCCUGCUACCAGCUAGCCACGACGAGCAGCCGCAGAUGCCGCGCCCACCGCCACCGCCACCGCCACCCACGCCGCCUGCACAACCGCAACAGCACCAACAGCGGUUAGGCAGCAGCACCGAUGACAAGCUCCGCCAUAGCUUGAGCUACAGCAGUGGCGGCGGUCCGACAUCCCGGAGCACGUCGUCGGGGGUGGCGGCGGCGGCAGCGGCAGCCAACGCCCUGGCCAGCCCUUUCUUGACCCGGCCGCCACACUCCGCCGCUGGAGGCGGCGGCACCGCCGUCGCCCUCAGCGGCAGCCCCUCCGUACAGCUUACCUCCUAUGGCAGUCAAAAUGGUCCAGGGAGGUGUAGCGGGCCUGUAAGUCCGCAAGUAUGUCGGUCUGUACGUCUGAGGGCAGACCGGCUUUCGGACAGAGCGUCGACGGCGGCGGCGGCGGCAGCUGCACGGAGGAUGGACUUGGGCUGGGUCCGGCCUCCCCGUCGUACUCCGCGCGAGCCGCCGCUGCUGGCGCAGUAUCCGCCACCCUGCUCCUUCCUGGCGCCAUUAAUACAUUACCAGCUGACGGCGGUGGCGCUGCCGCCGACGGCACCGAGGCUAGCGCUGGUGAAUGUACGGCGCCUGGCGGCGCCGACUACGCUGACGCGUUCCCCGGCCCAAGACCUGUCCCAGCUGCAGGAGGUGGUGCUGGAUAGAGGAGGUCUGGUGCUUACACGUAUCUGGUGCCUGUACGAGAUUUGGCAAACUGUACGGCAGAAAGGACCCGAGGCUCUUCGCGCCCUGACGGGCCCUUUGGAGUUUGAGGAGCUUGUUCGUGUGUGGGGCGAGCUGGAGGUGGAGAGGGCGCAGAGCGCCUGUCACGACCUGGACAGGGCACGAGCUGCCGUACCUCGAACACCCCUUCACGGGGAGAGGGCGUACAGGGCGGCUUUCCUGCUGCGUACGGCAGGUUCCGGAGCGGCGGCGCUGGGGGCCGCGCGUGAAGCUGCGGAUGUGUUUUGCGGCUGCUUGGGUCCCGCACACCCCGACACGCUCAGGGCUCUUCGCUGUGUCGCCGGAUGUCAUAAGGACAUGGGGAGCACCCGCCAGGCAGUGGGGCUGUUGGAGCAGCAGGUGAUUCCUUUUUUGGACGAGGCAUACGGCGUGGGUCACACGGAAUCAUGCGCGCUGGACGAGCUCGGCAUGUUGUACUACACGCUAGGAGAGUACGACACAGCGUACGACAUGCUGUUGGCGGCGCUGAGCCGGCGGUUGCGCCGGUUGCAGAUGUGCGCCGCCACCACCGUUGUGGCGCCGCAGCUGGCGGCAGCCCUGGCGCCCCUGACAGGGGAUCCCCUGGCGGCUCUGCUGGCGGCGCUGAGGGCCCUGGUUUCGGAGCUGGCGGCGGAGGCCGUGGAGGCGGAGGCGCGGCGGGCCGGGGCUGUGGCGCCUUUGCCGUCACCUCCGCCCGGAGGUGACGGCGGAGACGGCUCUGUCCCCCUCAGAGGGGACGUCCGUACGAGUGUUGAGUUGGUGGGACUGUCCCUUCACUCCCUGGGCCUGGUGCAGCGGGAGAGAGCGGGUCGGUGCCGUUCCGCGGGUGCGUCUUCGGGCCUUAUGCGGGAGGCCCGGGAGCUCAUGGAGGUGUCCGUGGAGUUGUUGCAGGUGUCCAGUUCGGAGGCCCGCGGGCUAACAGCGCUGGAUGCUCGUGCUAACCUCGCUGCGCUGGUUAUGGAGGGAGGGAAAUACCUGGCUGCCGAGCAGCUGCUGAGAGACAACCUCACUCUCACCGAGCGAGUGUACGGCAAGGACCACCCGCACACUGCAACCGCUGCCAACAACUUGGCCCUGUGCCUCAAGCGCCAGCGCUCCAGCAGCCCGCACAAGGCCCAGGAGGCCCUGGCGCUGUACGGGCGGUGUCUGGAGGUGUGUGGGGCCUCCCUGGGGGAGAGCCACCCGGAGACGUUGGUGGCGGCAACCAACAUGGGGGUGCUGCUGGCGGACCAGUUAGCUGAGUCGGCACCCCCUGAGCUCCGAGACCACGGGCUGGUCCUGGAGUGCCGUGAGGGCGUCCAGCGAGUGGGGGAGAGGAUGGAGGAAGCGGCCAGAGCGGGGCAGGUGUCCCCGGGUAACUGCUGUGUGGUAUCGUGA